AUGGGUGGUAGAAGAAGCAUCACAUGUCUGGCAUCAUUGAUGGUAGCUAUGGUGUUGAUGAUGAACGGUACGGAGGCACAAGACAACGCUUCUUGCGCUGCGCAGUUAACUCCGUGCGCUGAGUUCUUGAAUUCUACGAAACCACCGAGCUCUUGCUGUGAUCCACUGAAAAAAACAGUGGAAACUCAACUCACUUGUCUCUGUAAUCUGUUCUACACUCCUGGUUUGCUUAAAAGCCUUAACAUUGAUGUUAAUCAGGCUCUUGGCUUAGCUGGUAAGUGUGGGAUUCCCGGCGGUCUCUCCAGCUGCAAACAGGCUGGGUCAGCUCCAGCUCCGACUGCCGGCGGGUCCCCACCGGUUAAAGGCAGUGGUGAUGGUGGUGAUAAAGGAGGUGCAGACAGAGUCUCAUUCACUGGGUUUUCAUUUGUGGUACUCUUAUUGGCAUCCAUGCUGUUCAACUAG